CAGGAAGUGACACGGCGGGGCGGAGCGGCGGAGCGGCGGUGGCAGCGGCAGCAGCAGCGGCAGCAUGGCAGCGCGGCGGGCGUGAGCGCCGGCCUCGGCACCCGGCACCCGGCCCGCAGGCUGCAGUGGCCAACAUGGAUUUUCUCAUCAUCUGUCCCUUUCUGCUGGCCUUGCUGCUGUCCCAGGGCAGCUUCACAGACCUGGAAAAACAGAGAGUAGACUCUGGCUUGGAAAUCUAUAAGAAGCUGUUUGAGGUGAAGCGCAAGGACCAGAUGAAUGCUCUGAAGAACUUGAUUGAGCUCAAUGACGUCAACCAGCAGUACAAAAUCAUUGACAUCAUGCUCAAGGGACUCUUCAAAGUGCUGGAGGACUCCCGUGCUGUGCUCAUCGCUGCUGAUGUGCCUCCUGAUGGGCCCUUCCCUCAGGAUGAGAAGAUAAAGGAUGCAUACUCCCACGUGGUGGAGAACACUGCCUUCUUUGGGGACGUCGUCCUGCGCUUCCCCAAGAUUGUGCACCACUACUUCGACCGCAACUCCAACUGGAACAGCCUCAUCCGCUGGGGCAUCGGCUUCUGCAACCUGACGGGUGUGUUCGAGCAGGGACCCCACUCCCAGGUCCUGCGGCUGAUGGCUCAGGAGCUAGGAAUCAGCGAGAAAUCACCUGAUUACCGUAAUCCCUUUAAAACAGACCAGUCAGAGUUUUUCCCCAGUGCUGACACCUUUCAGAAGGCGCUGCGGGAUGAGGAGAAGAGGAGGAAGAAGGAAGAGAAGCGGAAGGAGAUCCGCAAGGGCCCACGCAUCUCCCGCUCACAGUCGGAGCUGUAGCAGUCUGGGACUUGUGCCUUGCAGUCGGGGUGGCACCACUGGGACACAGAGUGGCUUGCUCCCUUUUUGGCAGCUUUGGGCCGGUGCCUGGCUGUUCCCUUUCCAUUUGUGCUGUGGGUUUUGUUUUGUUGCCUUUCAUUUUUGUUCAGUGGAGGUUGCGUGGUGGUGCUGGUGGGUUGGCCCACGGGGGCUAAGGUGGGAUACCCCUUCCACAGAGGUAAAGCACAGACAGGACAGCACUGGGGCCAUCCCCUGGUCAGGGUGUUGCUGCCUGUGGGGAAGUAGGGUGUGGGGGACAUGCCUCUGGUGGAGCCCCAGGAUUCUUCCUCACUGCAGCACACCCCACGCUGAAUGUGCCUCCUCCAACACGGGUGGGCUGGGGAGUGCAUCACACCAAACAGCCUCAUGAGCAAUGCUGCUUCUCUUAGAUUUGCUUUUUGUUGAGCUAAACGGGUGAUCUCAUUGGCACCCCCCGCUGGGUUCUACCUGGUCUCUGCACAGCUGCUACCUCUGCCAGAUCAGACCUUCCCUUUUCCCAGCGGCUGUUCCACUGAACAACGUGCUUUUCAUUGUCCAGAUGUAGUUGAAAAUGCCGAUGGCAGCUGUUCCUGGCCGAUGGCAUCUCGGGGCCACCGCAGGUCAUUCCCUCAGAGAGGCAAAUGCCCGGUGAAUUUUUGGACAGGAGGAAUUUCGGUACUUGGUCUCUUUGCAGCCAGUGGGUGGCUGUAGAGCAAGUGAUGCUGAAGAUGCUGGGGAAUGGGCCCUGAGCCGCUGAGAGCCUGUCCCGCAGCUCAGGGCCCAUCCCUUCUCUUUGGGGCUCAUCCUCUCUAAAUGAGUCCCCAAAGGCCCUUGUCAGAGGACAGCCAGACGGGGGCAUGUGGUGAUAGCAGGGCCGAAGCAGGGAGGGAGCCAACUAGAGGGGCUGCAACCCUCCACCCCUCCACCGAGUGUCUGGGCUGCCAUGGGGACAGAGGUGAGGGGCUGGCCCAGGACCCGACACAGCCACCCUGUGAUUCCUCACGUGUGCCGAUGGCCUCGCAGCAGAGCGGGCUCUUGCAGAGGGGCCUUCCCCAAGGAGCCGGUUCUCUGCUUCCGGCUGGUGACGUCACAGCCUUUGAGGAAAGGGAAACGUCCCGGGUUUUUUAACAGCAGAGCCAAGUCCCUCCAGUGAGGGGAGGGGGUGGCAAUGGGCGCAUUUGGUUUUUCUUGAAUAAAAUUGACUUUAUUAUUUUUUUUUAAAUAGAAGAA